AUGGGUAAAAGAAAAGAAAAUGAGGAGGAAGAGGUGCUUUACUGUCUCUGUCGGAGGCCAGCGAAUGACUCGUUUAUGAUUGCAUGCGAUAAGUGCGAGGAGUGGUUCCAUGGAGAAUGCAUCGAUUUAGACGAGUCGGAUGCCAAGUAUAUCAAGGAGUUCUUUUGCCAAGAUUGUUCCGAAGCUCAUCCUGAAUGCGUCACCAGAUUCAGCAAAAAACGCGACAAAGAACAAAGCAGAAAGAGGCAAAAAGAAAAGAAGCGUGAAAAAGAACGGGUCGAUAAGAAAGUGAAGAAAAAACGGAUAGCGCGCAUCUAUUCGUCGGAUGAAGACGAACCGAUGCCUCAAAAGUCUUUGAAAAAAGCGCCAAUGGAUCCAUCCUCGAUAUUUUCCGACGAUGAAGGAGACGACAACUUUGAGCAGUUCAUGUCUUCCGUCAAAGAAAAAGAGAAAAAGGAGCCGACAAAGGUUUCGAAGGACUCGUUUAUUGAAGAUGAAGAGGAGUUUGAACCUGACUCGACGCAAGAUAUGGAAGAUUCCUUCGACUUGGACGACACGCUGACGAAAAAGAAGAAAAAGGUCAAGGAAAAAUUGCCACCUCAACAGUGCUUUGGGCCUAGAUGCGUUCAACAAGCUAGAAAGAGAUCGAAAUAUUGCUCAGAUGCCUGUGGACUGGCAAUGGCGUCAGCAAGAAUAGACAAAUUCUUGGUCCCGAAAAUCGACGAUAUCGGCAAGAUCCCUUCUGUUUCUGAAAUCGAGCUUGUCUAUAAACUCACCAAACUGGAGAAAAAAUAUUAUGAGGAAGAAGCGCGAAAGAACGAUUUGGAGAAGAAGUUCAAAUUUCUCGAGGAACUCAUUACUUUUUCCAGGACAAAAUCGAUCAACAGAGAUGCUGAAAAUGUCGAGGCGAAGAGUGAAACUGACGAGCAAAUGUUUUGCCCGAUCUGUGGCCAUUUGAGUGGCAGCAAGAUCAUCAUAAAGCACAUCAACAAAUGCUACAGGAAAAUCGAGUCUGCAACUGCGUAUUUCUCCGCUGCGGAAACAAUCGUCGACGGAUCGAAGCGGCUUUUCUGCGAUUUUUUCAACGCCAGAACGGGCACAUUUUGCAAGCGGCUCAAAGUCAUGUGCCCAGAGCAUUACAACGAUCCAAAAGUGCUGGACGAAAACGAAGUCUGCGGCUGUCCAUUUGUUACUUCUGGAAAAGAUUUUUACGAAAUUGAGCAAAUUGAGAAAAUUAACUAUUGUCAGCUUUCGAAGAAGGCGUGUAAAAGACAUUACUUAUGGGAAAAGUUCUAUCGCGCGUCGAACGAUGUUUCCAGAGUGCGCGCGCUGACGAGAAUGAUGGAAAUCAGCAAGGAAAUGUAUACGAUCAAGUCGAUGAUUCAGGCUAGAAAGAGUGCAGUGUUGCUCAUGUUCAACGAAACAAUCCGGCACACCGACGUCACCGAUUUCCGCCCUGAUUCGCGCAAAAUGGAGACGGACGAAAUCUACCACGAUUACUGCGAGAAGAAGGACCUCAACGCCUCGCUGAAUCUGAGCCAAGAGAGUAUAAUGAAUACUAGCAAGAUGGACACUUCUCAGGAAGACAUUAGCGUCACUUGA